CAAUUUCCUUGGUAACAAGAAGGUUGCUCUUCGGCGUAUUUGUCUAGCAUGUUUAGUUAAAUGCAUCCAUUUAAAACUUUUCUGAAUUACUUAUUUAAUUUUAACGUUGUUUUAUUUUAUUGUACGUGUUCAUGGGUCUCAAAUUAUAGCGAACGACGUAGGAGAGAUAAAUCCAGCUAACUGUCAGCUAACUAGUUAACUAAGUUAUAUGUAGCUAGCCAGCUAGACUUCGCACUGUUGACCGCAUUAUGUCGCUUUGAUGAAAUGAAUUCCCGCCAGUGGUGUCGCUCAGUUCAGAUAUUUAUCUUCUUGUGUGGACGUGUGGCUAACGCAGUCACAGAAUCAGGGGUCACUUCCAGCCCUACAAAUGGGGAGCCUUUCAGCUCAGCAACCCCUGCUCCGGGCGGUACAGGUACAGUGGACUCCACCACUGAGGCGGUCACUCUGGACUCCAUGGCAACCACGACGCUGACCGUGUCUGAAGCUCCCACUGUGGUCACUGAAGCGCCCUCUGCAACAUCCGGCCAACCUGUGGUGAUUUCAGAGGGUUGUCUCUGUGAUUUAACCCCUGAUUUCUGUGACAUUGGCUGCUGUUGUGACACAGUUGAUUGUCGUAUUGCAAACUUGAGCACUGUCUUCACCGGAUGUCCACAGAAAGCCAUAUCGGGCGUUUGCAUUGAGAAAUGGCUGAUGUUCAGGGCUAAUGUGGAUUCGUCUCUUGUCACUGUGACCGACUCCUUGUUUUGUGUCCGGCCUGAAGAUAAUUCAGCCCAGUCCCUCCCAGCUCUACCUCGGUAUCCAGCUUUAGGGGACUCGUACCACUUCUCACCACCAACACCUAAAAGCAGCAGCCACAGCAGAGAUUUCUACAGGGUUGAUGAUGUCAUCCAGACAUAUUUCUCCAGCUUUUCUGUCCGGGGUCUCCUUCGUCAGCCAUCUCCAGGGGCUGCUGCUGCAUUCUGUAACAGCCGCAAUCCUGCAAAGUUCCUGAGGUCUGUGUCUCUGUCUUGUACCCGCAUGUUAACUCCACAGUCAUGCACCACCGACCCAAAUCUCAGCGCCCGCUCCUACGUCUCCAACCUGAGAUUGAUCAAGAUUCCAAUAAUGGAGACAACACCAGUGUCAGACUUUCUGAUCGAAGUUACUCCACUGUCUGAAUGGCCUGCACCAAGUCAACAAAACAACUCCUGUGUCAAUGUGGUGAAAAAGGUGGAGUUUGUCAUAGGAUACACAGGCAGAGGGGAACUCACAUAUGCAUCAGUGAACGUAGUCUUAGCUGAUGUGGAUCCAAAUCAGUUGCUGUUGCAGACACACUCUGUACAGUUCCAGCUGGCAACACCCAGCCCCACUCCAGGAGGACCGAUCCCUGCAGUCGGACUUAGAGCUGGAUCUCCUGUCAUUGGUCGCUUUGAUGGAGAAGUGAAGCCUCUGACCACAUUGGGGGUGUCACAGAGUGGGGAGUGUUCCUCUGACCCCAGCAGACGAGCAUCCAUCCUCUUUACACACAACACCAUCACUGGCUGCACAUUCAGUUCCCCAUCUAGUGACUGUUCAGAGCUACGUUCCCAGAUUUACGGGAUCUUGCAGGGGCUUGCUACUCCUGAUGUGAUCGCCAUGAACUUGGGCUCCCAACCAGACUGGACGAGAGUCAUCACCCAGGAGUGUCCUGUCAGCCUGCAGGAAACAUGUGAAUCAGGCUGCUUUCUCCCCAACUCUCUCUGGAUCAGAGUGCUGUGGGCGCGCCAGGGUCUAUUAGACCUUCCCCAGAGCUACAUCCUUGGGGCCAAAUACCUUUUCCAGUGUCAACAUGUCAAGUGUCCUCUGUCAUCCCCUAUCGCUCUAACCACCGAAGUGACAUUUGUGGACACUACAGUUUACCCAGAACCCCCCAGGGGCUUGCCUCAGCCUAACUGGAAGUUUCCAUUUGGUUUCUUCACUAGAGGCACUGCUGAGCUGGACGGGCACAUUGUUAUUAAUGGCAGUGACACUGAGAAGGUCACAUGGAGUUUAAUGCUGUUCACAGUAAUGUUACUAACAGGAUUAGAAUUCUUCACUAGGUAGUUGGAUAGCUAACAGUGGAGCAGUUAGGGCAGUUUUGAGGGCUUCUUAUCAUGAGGAAAUAGUUGUAUAUGAAAGAAUGUUUACUGCAAAAUUUUAUUUUGUUAGCCUUUUUCUUUUUUAUAAUUUAAAGAGUAAAAUAUGAAAUUGGUUCAUACUGUAUCACUCUUAAAAUACCUUAAUUUAUUCUUUUGUACAUUUUCAGGAAUACAAACAUUUUUACACAACAUUUUACGAGUCAUUUCACUGAGGUAAAGAUGCAUUUCUUGCACACCGCUCCUCUUCACCUUCCUCCUUUUGGUCUGGUCGGUUUCUGUGUGUUCUUCUCUCUUUUUGUCCUGCGUGGCGCACAUAGUUGAGGAGAUGGACGAUUGCAGCUGGAGUUAUACCUUGCAAACGUGUAGCAGCACCCAGCUGGAGAAUAAAGCGUGGUAUUAGUUGCA